UGCACUUAUCUCGUUCCCACUAUCAUAUUACACGGAUCCUGCCAGAAGGGAUGGCCGAAUUGUGACCGCCAGCGUACGGCUUGCGCCUUUGUCAUCACGAAUUGUCUACGAUCCGGCUGUAUCAUGGACAGGAGCCCUCCUCGACACGGGUCGCUCGUCUACAGAAGACAUCAUCCCAUCGAAGGCACAUAUGACUCUACCCGAGCCCCGCCGAAACGACCAUCCCGACGCCCCCAACCGCUUUCACUCGGCCAGGCUAAGACGCCCCGAACAUACGGCGAAUCGCAGACUGCUCCCACAGAUUGCAGCGUCUGCCUCAGUACUAUUCCUUCAAAUCCUCUCCUAUGCGCCAACUGUCAGAUAUGGCAUGAUGCAAGACACGUCUUUCAAUGCCUGCGGGACCCUUUUGAAUUUGCCAAGCGGAGUUCUUCCACACUCGGCGAUCUUCUUUCGCGGGAUGGGUGUGUUGUGUGUCAAGAGAUCGCAAGGGCUGUAACUACAAGGUUCGGAACCUCUGACCCGGAAAUUUGCGAUGGGCUUCUACUGGCAAACAUCACUUGUUGCGGUCCGUAUUGCCUUGGGGAGUCGGCCCAUCAGGAGCUCGAUCCGUGGUUUUUGGAAAGAGGAAGGCAGAUACGGCAUAUUGACCACCAAGAUCUCCGGCUGGAUGAUCCAAGUGGUACUGCUAACUGGAGUUCACUGAAGGACGAGAGUCGCACGAUCAAGGUCGUACUUUACGUCGUCAUAACAGCACCACCCAAGUCUGACCUCCCACAAUACAUGCCCGAGCUUGACUCGCAUACCGACAUGCCCUUUCAUCCCAACAUCAAAUGGCCACCAGAUUCAGCCCGUGGAAUCCAUAGAUCUAUGGCGGAGAACGUGGAUGGCUUACCACAACCAACUCUAGGUAUCCCACUUGAGAUCAAGUACAGAACUUCCCUUCAUACCUUAGACGCAGUCGAACGUUCUAAGACUCCCUAUAUUGAUAUCAAGCUAUGCCGGGAAUGGUUGCAGCAGUGUGAGUCACAACAUGGCACAAAGUGUCAGGUGGAUGAUCCACAAAUGGUCCUGCCGAGGGGUUUCCGAGCUAUCGACACUCACCGGCUUUGCAUCGUAAACAUGGACAGCUCUUCUGAUCUAUCAUUUGCCGCUCUAAGCUAUACCUGGGGGAAAUCCUCCGGAUCGAAAGAAAUCCAACUUGAACGCGGGAACCUCGAAGAUCUCAUGGCAGAAGGCGCCUUGAAAAGUUGCGAAGGCAUUCCCGACCUCAUUCUCGAUGCCAUAACAUUGUGUGCGGAUCUCGGGCAUCGCCUCCUUUGGGUAGACCGACUCUGUAUCAUUCAGGAUGAUGCAUCAUCCAAACACUCGCAAAUCCAAGCCAUGGACCGCAUAUACCAUCUAGCCUCCUUCACCAUUGUAGCCGCCGUCCCCAACCUCCCCGGACUAGGUCUUCCCGGCGUCCGAAACCGCCCCAGACAAAGUCCUCUAUGGAAUCAUACGAGGCGAUUUCACCCCAAAACCCGCGUCGUUGUCGACAACUUUGACAAUACAGUCAUGGACUCGAAUUGGAAUUCUCGCGGUUGGACAUUCCAGGAGCGAAUCCUCUCGCGACGCCGUCUGUACAUCACCAGAUUCGAGGCCUACUUCCAAUGCAAUACAUUCUCACGACAAGAGGACCUGGGAGACAUUGCAGCUGCUUUGAAUCCAUGGAGCUGGAAUUUGCCACAGUAUCUUUCGACCAUACCCACGUACACGAGCCGGAAUCUGUCCUUCGAUUCUGAUAUUCUGAAUGCUUUCGUAGGUAUUGGAAAUCGUUUCGCUCGGGUUAUGAACACAAACAUGAUAUCAGGCUUACCAGAAAGAUACUUGGCUCAAGCGCUGCUCUGGGAGAAUUCCGAGCAUACUCAAAGACGGACAAACACUCGUGAUAUACCGAGCUGGAGCUGGGCAGCCUGGAAAGGUCGAGUCCACUACGAAAACAAUUCGCUCCUUGAUAAGCUAAGUACCGGAACACUGGUUCAGUUCCAUUACCAAGACCCAAUGCAUGGACUACGAUCAAUAAAGGAAGAGCAAGUCUGGUUCUUCAAGGGAGUCGAUCUCGAAACCUUAGAAGACCUACCGACGACUGACGAGGAAUACCCCGAGAUGAGAUUCAUGCCCGAAGCCGACAUCUCAAAUCGCGAAUGGAGAAACUGCCCCCAUAAUCCCUGGGCGGUUCCUGCGCAAUCACUCGAUAGCGACGGACGCGACAUCGCAUCCCGACAUCCCGGAUGCCUCGUGUUCUGUACAACCAUGGCACUUCUCCAUUUCCAAAAGUAUGAGGCUAUCGAUCGCGCAUGGGACUACUUAUUCAACCCCUCCGAUUUUAUCAUGUGCGAUAUCCUCGAUGGCGAGGGCUGCAAAGUUGGAAAAGUGUCGAAGCUUCACAAGUCCUGGGCGAUGCAGAAGUUUCGCGAUCGUCGGAAGAAUGCCGUUAUUGUCCUGUCUGCUGGAAUCAUGUCUGAACCUUCAAGAUACGCACAGACACAUCCAAUACUGCUCAAUUUGGGUGAACGGAAGGAACCAGACGCGAAUGCAAGCCCGUGGUAUCUACAUGUCAUGGUUGUCGAGCGCGACGAACCAACGGGAGUUUAUCGUCGGCUUGGAAUCGGAUGGGUGGAGACGCGGUUAUGGAAGCAGUGUAAGCCCACAUGGACAACAGUUGUUCUAGUAUAAGCGCCGAAGGAGAGAGAUAGUUACGAACGGCUAGCUGUCACGACUCAAGAGACUGAACGGUCGUCGCCAUGGUUAUCACAAAACAUACGUGUAUUU